UGGUGGGGUUAGUGAAGAGCUUACUGCCGACAUCCCCCACAAAGCUUGGGGCCGCCCCUGUCCAUGGAACAUUCAGACUGAAUUAAAAUCACCGCCGAUAGCAGCGGCAGUUGUCUGUUCUGAUGGCUGGAUGCCCCAUUUGUUCCUGAAACCUGUCAUUCUGCUUCGAAUUUAACCGCGCGUAGACCGGUCAGGGAGGGACACCGUCGGAGUAGGCGUCUCAUUUAAGAUAUCCCAUCUACUGUGUUAUCCCACAUAUCCGUCUGGCCGCUGACCGGCUGCGGGACAGUAUGAGGAUUGGCCUCGGUGUCAUCACGCAGCCCGAUUUUGCCUGCUCGGGGAUUUCUGGCCUAAGUACUUUAGCUAGCAAACCGAUUUGUUUCAUGACCAUACGCUCUUGGAUUUUUUCGUCAUGCUAAAGGAUUUCAGGAACAACAAACGUAAGAUUUGCCUCGGCUUGACUGCAACAAUGCCAAAGGAAGUGCGGCGGCGGAUCGACAGUGAGUCCGAAAACUACGAGCAGGAGAUGCUCCACAGGGCGUCUGCUGGUGUCUGUCAGCUCCAGGAAGAGAUGAGUUUACAAACGCAACUGUAGGAUGCUACCGCUUGCGGGUUACAUUAACAAGAUUGGAGAUACAGCUUGACGCCAGGCAACCUAAAAAAAAACGCUAUCUGAAUGGUUUGGACCGUUGUCACAGGUGUUGCUACCUUUCGUAUUUGCCGAUUGCUUCCAGCCAUUCAUUUCUCUGUGGGCACAACCAGGUGGAUCCCUAUAACCCUUAUUUAAUGUAGACUGCAACAGACGGCUUGCCUGCCACAGCGUGGAGGACAAGCAGCCAACAGCAGGAUCAGGAGGUGACAACAUAAUCCACCAACAAGGGGACCCUGCUCGAAAUGGCGCAAUGUGGAUUGAGAUGUUCCUGCUCCUGUUCCUUGUGAACUGCAGAAAGGAAGCAACCACGAGGACGAAGAAACGACUAGCAGACGAAGGAGGUGGUGGAGGCGUGGUGUCUUUGGUGUCUGAAAAAAAGGUGGCAUGGGUGGGGGGGCAUUUGGGAUGGCAAAUGGAAAUGAGAGCAGCGAAGGGCUGGCUGGGCCCAUGGCAGCAGUGGUGGCUACCGCAGCAGGCUUGGUAGCCGAGAGUCCUUCCUCAGCUGUUUCUACCUAUAUCAAACUGGUGCUAUUGGGGCUAAUCAUCUGCGUCAGCCUAGUUGGCAACCUGGUGGUGUCUCUGCUUGUACUGCGGGACCGGGCCCUGCACAAGGCACCUUACUACUUCCUGUUGGACCUGUGCCUGGCAGAUACCAUUCGCUCAGCCAUCUGCUUCCCCUUUGUGCUCGUGUCUAUAAAGAAUGGCUCAGCCUGGACCUACAGUGUACUGAGCUGCAAGGUGGUUGCCUUCAUGGCAGUGCUCUUCUGUUUCCAUGCCGCUUUCAUGCUGUUCUGCAUCAGUGUAACACGUUACAUGGCUAUUGCACAUCACCGCUUUUACUCAAAGCGCAUGACAUUCUGGACAUGUGUGGCAGUGGUGUGCAUGGUGUGGACACUGUCUGUGGCAAUGGCUUUCCCACCUGUUUUUGAUGUGGGCACGUACAAAUUCAUUCGCGAGGAGGAUCAGUGCAUUUUUGAGCAUCGCUACUUCAAGGCUAAUGAUACGCUAGGCUUCAUGCUAAUGCUGGCUGUGCUCAUUUUAGCCACACAUGUUGUCUACAUGAAGUUACUCCUGUUUGAGUACAAGCACCGCAAGAUGAAGCCGGUCCAAAUGGUGCCAGCCAUCAGUCAGAAUUGGACCUUCCAUGGGCCCGGGGCUACUGGCCAAGCAGCAGCCAACUGGAUUGCGGGCUUUGGCAGGGGGCCGAUGCCGCCCACUCUGCUGGGAAUCCGGCAGAACUUGCACAACCAGAACCGGCGCCUGUUGGGCAUGGAGGAGUUCAAAGCGGAGAAACAACUUGGCAGGAUGUUCUAUGUGAUCACCCUGCUGUUCCUGGUGCUUUGGUCUCCCUACAUAGUGGCUUGCUAUUGGAGGGUAUUUGUCAAGGCCUGCACAAUACCACACCAGUAUCUCUCCACCACUGUGUGGAUGAGUUUUGCCCAAGCUGGGGUAAACCCUAUUGUCUGUUUCUUCUUCAACAAAGACUUGAAGAAAGGGCUCCUUUCCCACUUACCAGUCUGCUGCAGGACUAAACCUCAUCUGCCACGAGAGCCUUAUUGUGUCAUGUGAACAGAAAUGAUGGAAAAACCAAGGGGCAGUCAAUGGACAUGUGUUUGCUCGAGUUAUGGUGGCUGUAGAUUCAGUGCACAUACUUUUAAGAAGUAGGUGCAAACUAUUGAGUGUAAUGGAAACAAGAAUGGUAAAGAUGUAUUUCCAUCUAUGAAUGUUUUUUUUUUCCCACUCAAAACAACU